GCGCUCGGGUGGUGCCGGCGGCGCCCCGCCUACGCGACCGGACCCGCUCCCGCUCCCGCCCCCGCCGCCUGGGACCCGGCGGGCGCUUCUGCCAGACUUGUCCCCGGACCGCGUCGAGUCGCGGACCGCCCGGUGGAACUCGUGUGUGGCUUGUGGUCAGACAGCCCUUGUUGCUGCGUUCCAGCCCCAGCUCGCGUCUUCGCGGCCUUCUCCCGGGCUUCCCUAACACUGACGUGGAGCAACCUGCUGGGAACCCCCAUGGAGAAGUUUGGGAUGAAUUUCGGGGGUGGCCCGAGCAAGAAGGACCUACUGGAAAUCAUAGAGACGCAGAAGAAGCAGCUUCUCCAGUACCAAGCUCGGCUAAAGGAUGUGGUCCGCGCCUAUAAAAGCCUGCUUAAGGAGAAAGAGGCGCUAGAGGCCAGCAUCAAGGUGCUGUCGGUAUCCCACGAGGCCGAUGUAGGCCUUGCAGGUGUCCAGCCUUCAGGUCUCACCUUUCCUGACUCAGUGGAUGACCGAUGCUCCACUCACAGCGAGGAUAGCACUGGGACCGCCACCAGUUUAGAUACUGCAGCCAGUCUCACUAGCACCAAGGGCGAAUGUGGGGUAGAAGAUGACAGAUCAGCCCGUGGACCACCAGUUCCAAAGUCUGAAGAGGCCAGUGGAUCAGAGAGUGGCGUUAGCAGUAGCAGUGGGGAUGGGCUCUUUGCUGGUAGUGAGGUGGACAAAAGACUGCACCAGCUGAAGACUCAGUUGGCUACUUUGACCAGCGCCUUGGCCACAGUCACCCAGGAGAAAUCCCGUAUGGAGGCUUCUUAUUUGGCUGACAAGAAGAAGAUGAAACAGGACUUGGAGGAUGCCAAUAAAAAGGCAGAGGAGGAGAGGGGCCGUCUGGAGGGAGAACUGAAGGGGUUGCAGGAACAGAUAGCAGAAACCAAAGCCAGACUUAUAACUCAGCAGCAUGAUCGGGCCCAAGAGCAGACUGACCAUGCCUUGAUGCUGCGUGAGCUCCAGAAAUUGCUGCAGGAGGAGAGGACGCAGCGCCAGGAUUUGGAGCUUCGGUUAGAAGAGACCCGAGAAGCCCUGGCAGGGCGGGCGUAUGCUGCUGAUCAGAUGGAAGGAUUUGAACUGCAGACCAAGCAGCUGACUCGUGAAGUGGAGGAGCUGAAAGGUGAGCUGCAGGCCAUUCGAGAUGAGAGGAAUCAGCCAGAUCCCCGGCUGAAAGAGCUUCAGGAAGAGGCUGCCUGCCUUAAGAGCCACUUCCAGGCUCAGUUGCAGCAGGAAAUAAGGAAGACAGCCCUUGUAGAGGAUCAGCUCCGCCAGCAGUCUCAGGUGGAAGAGCAGAGAGUUGCAGCCCUAGAGAAUCAAAUAUCUGAGGUGUCUGAAUUGCUGGGCACUUAUGAGAAAGCCAAGCAGAAGGACCAGCUGACUAUCCAGAAGCUGAAGGAGCGCAUUCUGCAGCUGGACCUGGAGAACAAGACCCUGGCUCUUGCAGCCUCUAGCCGGUCCCCUCUAGAUAGCCAUGGAGAUGAGUCCAGUCUGGAUGUCAAUGUCCUCAAGGAUAAGAUGGAGAAGCUGAAGAGGCUGCUGCAGGUUGCAGCCAGGAAAAGCCAGGUGACCCUGGAUGUGGAGAAGCUCUGUGACCUGGAGAUAAUGCCCAGCUCUGAGGCCACGGAUGGGGAGAAGGCCACUGCACUCUACUACCAACAGGAGCUAAAACAACUGAAGGAAGAGUUUGAGCGCUAUAAGAUGAGGGCUCAGGUUGUGCUGAAGAGCAAGAAUACCAAAGAUGGGAAUCUGGCUAAAGAACUGGAGGCAGCACAGGAACAGCUUGCAGAGCUGAAGGAGAAGUAUAUCUCCCUGCGGUUGUCCUGUGAGGAGCUUGAGCGCCAGCACCAGCAGGAGGCUGAGGACUGGAAGCAGGAGCUGGCUCGGGUGCAGCAGCUUCACCGGCAGCAGAUGGAGCGCAGCCAGCUGGACUUCAGGGACCGAACGCUGAAACUGGAGGAGGAGCUGCACAAGCAGCGGGACCGGGCCCUUGCUGUGCUUGCUGAAAAGGACUUGGAGCUGGAGCAACUGCGUUCAGUGGCUUUGUCUGCUGGGUUACCAGGACGCAGAAGCCCUGUGGUCAGUGGGGUUUCCAGGGAUUCAACUGACACAUCUUCCCCAGAUAGCCUGACCCAAGCACUGCAGCUUGCAGCAGCCAAUGAGCCCACUUUCUUCCUGUAUGCUGAGCAGUUGGCCCGUAAGGAAGUGGAGAUCACAUCCCUGAGGAAGCAGAAGCACAGGCUGGAGGUAGAGACACACCAGCUGCAGGAUCGGCUGCUGGAGGAAGGGGAGCGGCAUCGAGAGGAGGUGGGAGCCUUGCAGAGCCACAUUGAAAAGAACAUCAGGGACCGGAGCAGGGAGGGAGCUAACCUAGAAUACCUCAAAAACAUCAUCUACCGCUUCCUGACCUUGCCUGACAGCCUGGGCCGCCAGCAGACUCUUACAGCCAUACUGACCAUCUUACACUUCAGUCCGGAGGAGAAACAAGUGAUAAUGAGGCUCCCAAGUGGUGGCAGCUGGUGGCCUUCUGGCAAGAGAUGAUACCAUUUUCACUAACACCUGAAAUCUCUGUGCCUCUUUUGUGUGGGAAUAGGCAGGUUCUGAUUGCUACUGCCUCUUGUGUUAUCAUUUACUUCUUUUUGUUGAACUCCGAGGAGGAGUCUUCAAUGUGGGAUGGGAUUCUCUGCCAAAUGCCAUUAAUGCUGCUUUAUCCUGGGCCUAGGAGAUAUUGGAAAGUGUUGGGACAGCAUCUUCUGGGGGUGUGUAUGUGAGGGGAAGUGGAAGGUGAGAGAGAGGUUAGGACCAGAGGUGCAAGUCUGGGAAAGUGUUAAGAACUUUUAAAAUAAUAUGUUUUGUCUUAAUAUUAUGAUCCUAGUCCAGGGCUAGGAGUAAGUGUGACUCCAGAGGAGUUCAGUUAAUUUCUGAACAUGUACAGCGACUAGCUGUUCUCUCCAUCUCAUCACAGUCUGAGUCUGGUCCACUACUGCCCCGAUUCUCUGGGGACUUAAAGCCAGGCUGGAAAGUUUGUGACAGGUUUUGUCUAAGAGUCCAAAGGGCCAAGGAAUAGUGAGUUCAUCCUGGAACUGGAAAGUCUAAUCUAGAUAGGAAUGCAAUCUAGACAACACACCAUUUGUUGUCUAGAUCAACCUAGAGAGACCUGGAGAGGACUAUGAGCACUAGUUUGAUUAGAGAUUUUCUGAAUGACCAACUUUGGGCCAGGGCUGGGUUAAAAUAGACUUUUCUCCCUGGUCCCUGCCUUACUCUAUGUUGGACUGAGAUUUUGAGCAAAUAACUACUAUCUUCCCUUCAAUGUUGUUAUUUUCAUUAAGAAAUAAAACCUAGCUUCUUACAGAUCCUGCUUGGAUAAAAAGGUUUCCUGCUAAGAGUUGCUUCCAGAUGUUUUUGCUUUUGUAGGGACAGGGAAGAGAUGUGCAGAAGAUUCCAAAAGAAUGCCAUGACCCUCACAGGAAAGUGUAGAAGUUCAAUUGAUGCUGGGUUGGGUUACUUUCUUCCCAUUGGAUCUUGACAUAAAUAGAUUAAUUCUGCCCCUUAAAGAAAGAUGCCUUGUUAUUCAGGCAACGGAAAGGAGGCUCUCAGAAAACUUGGGUCCAAACAGUAACAACUCCCCAUUCUGCUCUCAUUGUAUAUAGAGGUCUUUGGACCUGAAAGACCAAUGGUUGGCUGCUAACUGGACUGAUAUAUAUGUAUUAUUUGGUCAUAAAGGCCUGUAUUGUGAGAGUUUGAGGUGUGCAAAACAGGUAACAAUGUUAUUAGUGGGAGGGCAAAUGACCUGGAUUAUCUACAGUGAGCAGAAGUGAUGUGUUCAAGUAAUGAUUAUAAACUAUAAAAUCAUUAAACCUGAGUCACUUAA